CACCUGGUACGAUGGCGCAACAUGGAGAGGGGGAACAUGUUAUUCAAGACCAUUCCAAGCUUUCUCUGGCUUUUCUAGGAAAGGAUGGAAGCAGGCGAAGAAAGUUCCUUGGAUUGACGAAAGGUAUGGUGCUUUGAAUUCGAUUCACCCACUUCCUGUUGCCAAUGCGUAUCUGCCUACCCUCCCUCCUCUUACCAACCCCGCACCAUACACGUAAAUUCUCAUGAUUCUCCCUCCCUGCCCCCUUCCUACCACCCUUACUCCCUCCUCUUGUACAGAAGAGAAAAACGAUUCCAUGAGGCAAAACAGCGAGCAACACUUGUCGACAAGUGUUGCAACAGCGAUCCUUGGACAGGAAGGCAGCAGGCGACGUCAGACGAUUGCGAAACUCGGAGACAAGUUGAAGCAUCUCAACACCAGCCACACGUCUAGAGGAGAUGAGGUCGGGAUGAUGGAGGACGAGGAGGGUGAGGUCUACAUCGAAGACUCCACAAGGUAUCACUCGGGCCUUCACGGCGUUAAGAAUGCUGGUAGCAAAGUGAGCAGCGCUCUCAAGAGUGUCAUGCCGAGGAUACACAUGACGAACAAGGGGGUGAAUGCACGGGUGGAAGCUCAGCCGCGCACGACCGCAGAAGCUUCAAAGUUUCGAGUUGACGACCUAGGAAAGACCAGCAUUCUUGAUGACGACGAUCUAGAAGAAAUCAAGUUCUAGACGAGGAAUGUUUCUAGUUGAUUGUACAAAAGAAACUUU